AUGGAGCAGGGCAGCAGGCCCUUGGAGGACUUCCCUGUCAACGUGUUUUCCGUCACUCCUUACACACCCAGUACCGCGGACAUCCAGGUGUCCGACGAUGACAAGGCAGGGGCCACCUUACUCUUCUCAGGCGUCUUCCUAGGACUGGUGGGGAUCACGUUCACCAUCAUGGGCUGGAUCAAAUACCAAGGGAUCUCCCACUUGGAAUGGACCCAGCUCCUCGGGCCCAUCCUGCUGUCGGUCGGGGUGACGUUCAUCCUGAUUGCUGUGUGCAAGUUCCAAAUGCUCUCCUGCCAGUUGUGCAACGAGAGUGAGGAAAGGGUCCUUGACACGGAGCAGACGGCAGGAGGACAGUCAUUUGUUUUCACUGGUAUCAACCAGCCCAUCACCUUCCAUGGGGCUACUGUGGUGCAGUAUAUCCCUCCCCCUUAUGGCUCUCAAGAGCCCAUUGGGAUGAACACCGCGUACCUGCAGCCAGUGAUGAACCCUUGCUGCCUCACACCACCUGGAGUGGUGGCCGCUGCCACGCCAAGCCCUCCUCAGUACUGCACCAUCUACCCUUCGGAGAACUCUGCCUUUGUUGACGACCAGGACUACCCUGCCUUCGUGGAUGGUGGAGAUGACAGGUCCAGCCCUGAUGCUGAGCUGCUAGAAGAGACGCAGCGGGGAGGUGAGGACUCUGCUGGCUUCUCUCCUCCCCCCUAUGAGGAGAUAUUCUCCCUCCCUCGAUAGAGACUAAUGCUGAGGGAGUAGCCUGAAGUCACUGUUGCUGACAAAUGAAGUGUUCUAGGCUGCAACCUUCAGGAGGCAGACAGCAGAGCAGCCCCAGCAGCCUGACAGACACCAUUGAAGCGGGGUGGGAGGUGAAAUGUCUCAAAUUGGUAAAAAUGAGGCUGGGGUGGAGAAAUUACCUUCUGAUACAGCGAGGG